CGACUCCUUCCGACCCCUUUUCCCAACAGUCCCAGCGCAGUGUCCUGGACUUGUCCGACUCUAAGGUGGUGAGAUGGGGUCAAACGUACCACUUAAAGAGCAGAAACUCCUAAAUAUCAGACUGGAGCAGAUACCAGCCUGGAUAAUGAAGCGGGAUUUUUCCCCUACUGGGAUUAUUAAUGGUUUUCGGAAAGGUUAUAAUGCAUAUUUUAAUAAGUACAUCGAUGUGAAGAAAGGCGGGAUUGGUGGCGUUUCUAUGGUGCUUGCUGGUUAUAUCCUGCUCAAUUAUUGUGCUGCUUACAAGGAACUUAAACAUGAACGGAGACGGAAAUACCACUGAAAAUUCAAGACGCUUCAGAUGAUUUUCUCCCUAUGCUUAGAUUUCACAGUUGUAACUAUCCUUGGUGAACAUCACUUGAUGUACUAAACAGGGCCAAGUAUCCAAUAUUAAAGGAUGUUUAAACCUG